UUAGGAAUGCCAAGUAAGGCCAAAAAAAUGGUGAUCAGAUCAUUUGUCAUAUGUCAAUAGAGAAAUGUCACAAAUGAUGUAGAGAUGGGAAGAUGUAUCGUAUUAAAUUUAUCGAUAUGUUAAAUGCACCAACCAAACCCACGGACGUCGUAUAGCGACCCCAUUAAGAGGCCACGGACGCUUUCGGUGCACUAACAUGCAUAUCGCACCGUAUAUACGGUCAGGUUCAAAUUUGGCUGACGUCCCUAGUGUGUACGAGAGAGAAGCGUGCAGUAUGUUAGAAAGAGUGCGCCGAUGGCAUCCGUGACCUUGUACUCGGGUUGCUAGGCAACGAGAUGCUUCUAUUUCUUUUAACCUAUUGCACGCUUCUCUCUCAUUAUGACGUUAGAGUAUCUGGUUUUCAGUGUUAAUCAAUUUUGUGAUGCUACCGAAUAAUGUAAAUUAAACUUUUCAGAAUGCGCCGAAAUUUUUUGCGUGUGCCAAUCCGGAGGAAGAGUUGAACUUCCAGUAUAAAGUACUCUCAUCAUUAGACAUUGUAGAGGAAAAGUUGAAUCCCACAGUUAAAACAAGUACGGCAGAUUUGAGAGAGUUAUAUUUAGGAAUGCUCUAUUCACUGGAAACACACAAAAUAUACGGAUAUGUAACAAAUACUAAAAUCAAGAUCAUCAUAAUUGUUGAUUCAACAAAUACAUCUCUACGAGAUAAUGAAAUAAAAUCUAUGUUUAAGAAAAUUCAUUCAGAAUAUGCAGACGUUGUGUGCAAUCCGUUUUAUAUACCUGGAGAACCAAUCACGUCUAAGUCGUUCGCAAUGAACAUUAAAAGCAUCAUGUUACAGGCUUAGUUCGAAUAUCUUGUAUGUAUGUAAAAGAUUGGUAGUAAUAAAGAAAUUCUAAAAGCUG